AUGGCGCACAAUGACUACAGCCCGUCAAACCUCGCCAGCGCGAUGCAGUUGCGAACAAGAAAAGAAAACAAAUUCGACGAGAUCGAAUCCAGUCUCGCCCAUGCCAAAAGCUCUACAGUGCCACUAGCACAAGGCCAGUCACGCCUAGCCAGCUGGCUCAAUCGAUUCAAUGUACUACAGCCAUUUGCGAAACCUGCUACUAAUGAAGACAUUGUUUGGCUCUUCGACAACACUGCCUACGAGUCCCCGAGAACUGGGACAUGGCAGGCAGAGUUCGUGGCCGCCGUCUUUGAGCGUGAGGACAAGGAUACUCUCAUGGACAUGGUGACAGGAGUCGUCCGUGCUGUGGGAUUAGCAGAUGAUGCUGCUGAACGGGAGACGGUCGAGGAGAGAGUGCUUCCAUUUCUCUGGGAUAUUCGUCCAGCAAGAACCGUGAUCGCUACCCAGAACAGGAAGUCGUUGAAGCUAGGACCAACCAACAUCAACGGGUUAUCGUCAAAUGAGUUAAAAGUCCCCAACAAUAAUAGGGGUUCACUUGUAAAGACAUCUACCAAGAUUGGCGGUGGUCGGGGAAGCAUCACCAAUAUGCAGACCUACUAUGCGGGAGAUGAUGGCUGGGGAAUCAUAUCAGACAUAGAUGACACAAUCAAGGUGACAAUGACGAGCGAUCCCAUUGGCAUUCUUCGCGAAACAUUCAUCAGCUCUCCUACUCCUGUUCCCGGAAUGCCCGAGCUUUAUGGGCAGAUAGCGUCAUUCUUACCAAAGGACACAGCUUGGUUCUAUCUUUCAGCGUCACCAUACAACCUGUAUCCAUUCUUAAAACAGUUUCGCAAGCAGUAUUAUCCACCGGGCACGCUUAUCCUUAGGGACUCAAGCUGGAAGACAGUCGCCGGGUUGCUUUCUGCCUUGACAUUGAGGACAGAAGAAUAUAAGGUGGAUCGGAUGAAAAAGAUCAAUACCUGGCUGCCGAAGAGGAAAAUGAUUGUUAUUGGAGAUUCUACGCAAUCAGACCCAGAAGCGUAUGGAGAGGUGUAUCGGACAGUACCCGGAUGGAUUCAACUCAUUCUGAUACGAAAGGCGACCGAUGUUGCUGCGGUCGGAAUUGACGAGAAGAAUGAACCGGAGAGGUUUGAAAAGGCCUUCCAGGACAUUCCCCGUGACGCCUGGCAUGUGUUUGAGGACCCAGCAGAAUGUGUGGAAAUCAUAAAGCGGACAAUUCAGGAAGGAGAAUAA